AUGUCUCGAAGUGCCAGGGUGGGUGAGCUAGAGAUAGAUGUGUUGAUAGGGGCAGAUUACCUCUGUAAUUUUCAGACAGGUGUAACCAAGAGAGGUAGAUCAGGAGAGCCAGUUGCCAUAGAAACUGAGUUAGGAUGGGUUUUAUCAGGGCCUUUGAGAGUGCAAGACAUAGAGGGAGCAGAGUUAGCCCAAGUAAAUUUUGUAGCUCAGAGAAUGAAUGAUGAAGAUAGUUUGGAGAGUAAUGUUACAGAAGCUGAGGAAGUUGAGGAAGAUAAGGUUCAUGAGGAGUUUUUAGAUGGCAUAUCUUUCACAGGUAGUAGAUAUUCAGUGAAACUACCCUGGAAGGAAAGCCAUGACAAAUUGCCUGACAAUUAUGCAAAUAGCUUAGGUAGAAUGAAGAAUCAGUUACGACGACUAAAGGAGCCAGCAUUGUUGACAGAGUACGAUUCUAUAAUCAGAGAACAGGUAGAGCAAGGGAUUGUAGAACCAGUAGCAGCAUUAGAGAAAGUUGAUAUGAUGCUUCAUCUAAAGAAUGUAAAUCAGGAACAUCACUUAAUGACUGCUUGCAUGUUGGGCCAUCCCUCAAUCCAUUACUAUAUAGCAUAUUGA